UUUUCCCUUUAAUAGGAAUCCCCCCCCCACACACACACACACACUCAGUCAAACUAGAUGUGUAUAUCUGGUUGUGGUUUGUGUUGCUGCUACUACUUCCUUGAUACAUUUAAAAGCUGCUGAAACUCACAGAGGAAAAACUGUAAUUAUUACCAUCACUUUGUUUUAAGUUGUUUCACCUCGCAGGAUGUCUGCACUCAUUCAUUCUUCACCAGAUUUCAGUUUUAAUGUGAGAUUUAACAGAGGAGACAAAAAGAACGGAUCAGAAAAAGAGGAGAGCCAGGUGGAGAUGUGCGAGGAUAAAGACCUUCUGAAACAGGGUCCUACCGAUCGUCUGUCCCAUAAAGUCACUGUCAAAAGAAGACCUUUUGGAGCUACUGCAGUGAUUCUGGGAGUGCUGUAUCUUUUGAUAUUGGCUGGGAUCUACAUGCGCUGUGAGGAUUUCAUUUUUAUUCAGUAACAGGCUGUGUUUUGUCCUCUGACAGUUUGGUAAUCUACUGACUUUGUAAAGCUCUUAGCCAGUCUGUGUGAUGUCUCGGUUCCCCAGCAAAUUGUAGAUGGUGCACAGGUGGAAACGCACAGGCAGAGACUGCAAAAACAAAGCUGGAGAAACCGAAACGUUCAGCUGCAUUGAUUUUCAGCGUGUGAACUUUUUGUUGGAUGAUGUGCUUUACUAUGCACAGAAGUUUUUUUCCUCACUUGGUGGGUUGUGUGCCGGAGACUAUAUGGUUGGACUAAUGGGCAAAUAUACUGAUGAUUUGCAAGACAUUUUAAUCACAUUGGAAAAACAAAAUGUGGUGACAGAAAGAGACCAGCUCAAUAUGAGUCUGAGCCGGGCGCAAACCAGCAUCAACGAGCUACAGACCAGAUAUGACAACCUGAACAAAAGCUACAGUCAGCUGGAGGAUGAAAAAUAUAGGCUGGAGGGUAAGAUGGCAGAAAAAGAAGAGCUACAGACCAGAUACAACAACCUGAGAAAGAUUUACAGACAGUUAGAAGACGACCGAAAUCACCUGAAGCGUAUGGUGGAGAGUAUGGAGAGCAGAGUCUCCUACUCAGGCGACUUGUUUGGGGCCUUCACCCACCUCUCCCCAUUUUAGACGGACGUAUACGUUUGCUGAGCUGCCAUUUUUGUUAACCUUUCUGCAGUGAUAAAGUAAAACCUGUCUAUUGAUAAACUUACGUACUCUUCUAACUUCAACAUAUAUAAGUAGUCAGUGCGCUUGCAAAUAACUUAAUAUCAGAAAAACAAACUUUAAUACAAGUUUAAAAGUUCCACCAGGAUUAAUUGUGUGUCAUUGUAAAUUCAGAAUAAUGUUGGUUUUGACAGACAUAAACUGAUAUUAAUGGCCAGAGAAUAACAAGUAAAGCUGGGUGAUGAAUCAAAACUAUUCAAACGUUGGCACUCAAUACUGAUAAUAUCUUGGACAUAUAGAAAUGUGAUGCAGCUUUAUGCUUCUCUCAUUUAUUCCUUUCAUGCAGUGUUAAAUAUCAUCUGAAAGCACCAAUAACAUCUCAAAAUGUUAUGACAUUAUAUACUGCAAAUGGGGACAUUUGGGCCAAAAUGGCCAAUUAUUUGAAUUUACUGACGUUGCCUUCCUCUGAGUACAACCAAUUUAUCUUUAUUAAACAUUUUCCUGUAUAACAUGCUCUAUAAAGUGGGAUUCAUUUCUAUUGCAUUUAUAUCAUUUCAGAUGUUUGAGAGCAGUUUUAUCAGGUUAAUGACACGGCACAGGAAGUAACUAAGUAUUUUUGCCACCCAACACCACACUAAAUGGUUUUGGUGUCUUUCCAUUUCAUGACAUGCUCUGAGGUAAUUUAAGUUGGGCUUUUUUGUGAAAAAUAAAAAUGGCAGGAAUGCAGCAGUAACAUGCUGACAUGGACAACCGGAAAAAAAAAAUAAAGGUCAUUAUGUGCAGAAUAAAAGUGCAACAUAUAAAUCUCAGCUACACUAUGUUUUGGCCAACAAAGUAAUAUCUGUAGAGUAGUGGGCUAGUGGCUAUUACCAUCAGAAGCUCACACGCAAUGCAUCUUGGUACAUGUACAACUACGUAAGCACAAGAAAGGUUGUUAAAGCAUGCACUAAGGAAUUUAUUGCUUUUUCACACUAAAAGUGGUGAAAUUUCUGAUUAAUAGGAUUUUCAAAACUAUAGUUAUAAUAUUCAUUUCUAAGUUGGAUAACAUGCAUGCCUCCCCAACACACACACACACACACACACACACACACACAGUAAUAAAUGUGUUUGUU